AUGGCACGUCUGCUUGAGGAGAACCCCUACAGUAACACCAAGACUGGACUACUGGGAGACCAGCGGGACACAAUGUUGAUCAAUGAAGUUCUCAGAAAACUCUCAGCUAUGCGCGGAUGGCCAGACAUUCAACUUGGUAAACAAAAAAGCAAAUCAGCCCCCCGCGAGAGGGACUUUAUAGCAAUGAACACAGCGGCCACUCAGUCCGGGAUUGUCACUGCCAAGGAAGUCAACAGUUUCUUCAAGAUGCACGACAUCCGAAAGAAGGUCCCCAAAAAAUCCACGACAAAAUCGAAAUCCUUUGAGUCGAUGGUGCACGGAGUGAAAUCCCGGUGCCUUUUUUUGAUGUCAUUUAGUCCGUCGACUCCGAUAAGUUACGUGAUCGAACACAAAUACCAAACUGACUACAUCAACGAAAUGUACAACAAAAAACAUGACAAAGACGGACUCCUCAAAAAAGUAAUCCGUUCGAUUUAAAUUUAGAAACGUAGCCAAGACGAAGUAUACAUGACUAAGACCAGUCUUUCUCGCCAUUUUGCGCCGCCGGAAGAGCCGAGGGAGUUGUGGCAAAUGAGGCAAUUCCGA